UUGUAACUAGAAAAACUAUAAACCUUUCUUCUUUAACUUAUGCCUCUGUCUCUUAUAUAGUAACUAGAAAAUUUAGGUAACUUGCGUACGGUUAUUAUUUACUUAUUCUUGUAAUUUUAUCAUUUAAGAGUAAUAAAUGAUUAUUUAUAUUUUAUGAAUUGAAAAUGAACCUGUCAAUCUUAGAUUAUAUAUAUAUAGAUUGGUAAGCAAGCAUAAUUUAUACAUUACACUAAUUUCUAUUAAGAAGGAGAGUGAGGAAGGUGAUUAAGUCUACUAAUUAAUUGUUAAGAAAAUGAUAAGGGGCAAGAGAUUUGAAGGAAAAGUGGCCAUUGUGACUGGUUCCACUCAGGGCAUAGGCUACAGCAUUGCUCACCGUCUUGGCUUGGAAGGUGCCUCUGUUGUCAUCUCCUCCCGCAACCAGGAAAAUGUUGAUGAAGCAACCCAAAAGCUUAAAGGUCAAGGAAUCCGAGUGUUGGGGCUUGUUUGUCAUGUCUCUAAUGCCCAACAAAGAAAAGAUCUCAUACACAAGACAGUCGAGAAAUUUGGAAAGAUAAAUGUGAUUGUUUUAAAUGCUGCUGUCAAUCCAAUGGCUGGCAAAAGCAUAGCCACGAUUAUGGGAACUCAAGAAUCCAUUCUUGACAAGAUGUGGGAAGUAAAUAUUAAAGCUCCUAUUCUUCUUAUGCAGGAGGCUGCUCCGCACAUGAAGAAUGGCUCAAUUAUUUUCAUUUCUUCUAUAUCUGCCUAUGUACAGCCAAUUUCAUGGGCUAUGUACGGAGUGACUAAGACAACUCUACUUGGGCUUACAAAGGCUCUUGCUUCAGAACUAGGCCCAGAAGUGCGAGUAAAUUGUGUUGCUUCUGGAGUUGUGCCGACUCGCUUCGGCGAGAUAAUUACAAAAAGUGAAACUGUUAUGAAAAUAAUUCUGGAUAGUAGUCAACUGAAGAGGCUUGGUACCCCUGAAGAGAUUGCUGCUGCUGCUGUUUUUUUGGCUUCUGAUGAUGCUUCCUACAUUACUGGAGAAACCCUUGUGGUGGCUGGAGGCAUCCCAUCCCGGCUGUAAUAAUAAUAAUAAUAAUAAUAAUAAUAAUAAUAAUAAUAAUAAUAAUAAUAAUAAUAAUAAUAUAAUCCCAUAUAAAAUAAUAAUUAUAGACUCCAUUUAAGAUCAAUACUCGGUCCAGUUACAAAAGCCUGCCCAGUUUAAUAUUCUAUAUUUUACUUCUGUUAAAAUUAUAUAAUAUUAAAUAGACUAUAUAUGUGUUACUUCUA